AUAAUUUUAUAUCUGGCCUUUUUCUUAAUAAAAUAUGAACAUAUUUUCAUGUUAUUAAACAGACCUGUAGAAAUUUUUUUAAAGACUAUAACCUAUUUCAUGGAUCCAGUGUAGUGUAUUUAAUCCCUGCUUCUCCCCCCCCCCAAUGUUGAACAUUUAGAUUAUUUCUGUUUUUUUCCACCCUAUACAAAUACAAUGAAUGAUAAACACUCUAGCACUUAAGUCUGUCCUUUCUGAUUGCUUUCUUAAGAUUCAUUUUGGAGAGAAAAAGAAGUGAUCAUAUGGUAUGCACAUUCUUAAUGUACAAUUUAAGAAACAUACCUUUCCAUGUUUUUCUUUUCUUGGACAGUGAUGUUCAUGAGGAUCACGGGCUGUUCUUUUGUGUCUGAGUGGUUGGGAAAUUGUGCUCCCUAGCUCACACCUCCCCUCUAAGUUGUUUCUACCUGCAGUGACUGUGAUUACUCAAUUUCUCCAGAGAGGAAGGAAAACCUUAAGAAUUUUCUAAAGAAGCAGAUGCAAGUAAUACAAUUUAUUAAAUUAUGAAGAGGCUCAGUUAUUGAAACCCAGUGUAAACUUCAUCAUGUAGAUUCCACAUGAUAAUACUUUUUCCAUUUAAUUAAAUUUUUAAAUAAAAAUUUCUAACAUGUAGGAAAAAAUCCUAUUAUAUAUAGAAUCCUCUUCUUAUUACAAUUAUGAUAAUAUGCAUUUGGGGGGGGGGAAACUACAUCCAUGUUUCUGAUUAGUAUACCUUACACUUACUUUGCUUUUAAAUGAAUUCUGUGUAACAAAUGUUUAUUUAGCAGUCAGUUUUUCCCCAAAGUUCUUGACUUUUUGGUAAAAUAUUGGAAUUUAGCUAUGUUUGAAUGCUUGCACAGGGUUAAGUAUCUCAUCACAUUUACUUGCGUUUUAUAUAUGUCUUGGUUAUCUUUUAGGGUUUUAAUCAGAAUUUUUUUCUUUGCCUAGUAUGGUAACAUUAUUAUAAAAUUAUAGUAUGUCAAUUAGCUUGAGAAGUGGAGAUUUAAAUCCUAGAGGAUAGUACUUGGAGAGAAUUAUUAAUUAGGACUGUCACACAUUAAUAGAACAAUUUAGUUGUGGUUCACUGAGCUGUGUUUCGCAGAAUUUGUCCCAACUGUCAUUUAAAAGGAGUUUGUCGCUUGCCAUGUUCAACAACACUAACAAGGAGGUACAUGUUUGAAAUAAGGAAAAAAAUGAAAAAAAUAAAUGGAUACAUAAGACUUAAAAUAUCAGUUUGUAAUUUUAAAAAUUUUGAAAUUGUUUUAUGUGGUAUUUUAGUAGUUAUAGCAAAGGAAAAGUAUUACUUAACCAUGGCACUGUUGUUUUAAAGCUGUCAUAAAGAUAGAUGCAGUGGGUGAUGUUAAGUUUUUCUUUCACUUGACUUUGUACGUGAAAUAAUUUAUAAUGCACUAGAGGAACUUAUACUUAAAUGCGAUCUGAAAAAAGUCUGUUCAUUAUAACAGCAGUAUAGUGCUCUUAUAGAAUGACUUUUUUAUGUGUUUUAUUUGUAAGUGGGAUUUUGUAUAUAAAUGAGGGACUGGCUAUACUUUCCCUUUUCACAUAAAUCAACAGGGUCUAGCAAAAGGCAUAAGAACGGAAAUUAGAAGAACUUAUGUUCUAGUUCUGGGCCUGCUUUGAUACAUGAUCUUAAUAUGUCUUAAUCUUCAAGCUUCAGUUUUAUUCACUUAAGUAGAUGACAGAACUUACUCUAUCAUGUUAUUUUGAGGUUUAGGUAAUACUACAGAUGUAAAAGUAUUUUGAAAAAAGCUAAACCUCUUACAGAUAGGUUUUAACUUUUAUUUUCAGCAAACCUUUAUCUUUAUCUCUGUUUAUAUAGUUGUACCUACUGAGAUCCAGGAUUGAUGUCUCUGAAAUUCAUCCUUGUUCAUUUCAUUUCCUGUCCAGCCUUGACCUUUUCAAUUCACAGCCAGGCCAUCUUUCUUCCUUUCCCAUUUUUUCCUUCCUUCUCCUAGAAGUAGCCAUAAAAUUAUCUCCUGUUAUUUAACAGGUUCAGCUAGAACGUGCCAUUUGUGUUAUAUGGCUGCACGUACUGUAAUAAUUUUAGGGAUGUAUACUGUACCCAGAGUGAUUUAUAGUACAAAACAUUCUGCAAACAACUUAAUUGUAAUUGUGGCAUUUAUGCUUGAUAAUUCACUUAAUUUAUAACUCAACUGAAAGUACUCUUUGUCCUGAUUUCCGUUUACUUAAUGACUAUCAUUACAUUAAUACAACACCUUUGCAAAUUAUACUAGGCCCAUCUGCCAGUGCUGUCGUGUUUAAAUUUUAGUGGAGGAAAUAGGUAACUUACUGAAUGAGCAUACCUAAGACCCAUGGAUCUGGCUUAAUUUUUGAGGUUAAAAAAUAUGACAACAGAUGCAAUCAAAUGGCACUUUGGAAUCAGGUUAUGUCUGUCUUUUAAGCAUACAACUGGAUUUGGCUUAUUCAUUUUGAGAGUAUCUUUUAACAGGGCCAUUUCUGAACAGUAGAGGUUACAAUUACUCCACUGAACAACCAGUUCCAAAUCCUAUCAUCAAAUCCUAUAUGUUCCUGUUCCAAAUGGUAAUACAUGCAUAAUAUUUCUUUUAUUUUAAAAGAAAUGAGUGUAACUAAUAUUGCAUUAAGAGUUGAAACCUGGCUUUUAGCUACGUGGCAUGUUAAAGUACCUCUAAUGUGGUUGGAAGCUUGUAUUAACUGGAUCCAAGAAGAAAACGAUAAUGUUAAUUUGAGUCAGGCACAAAUGAAUAAACAAGUGUUUGAGCAGUGGCUCCUUACUGACCUGAGAGAUUUGGAACAUCCUGUUUUACCUGACGGCAUUUUAGAAGUUCCAAAAGGAGAACUGAAUGGAUUUUUUGCUUUGCAGAUUAAUUCAUUGGUUGAUGUAAGUCAACCUGCAUAUUCCCAGAUACAAAAGUUGAGAGGAAAGAAUACAACGAAUGACUUAGUUACAGCUGAAACACAAGUAACCCUAAAACCUUGGGAAGCAAAGCCUUCACGAAUGUUGAUGUUACAACUAACUGAUGGAGUUGUACAAAUGCAGGGAAUGGAAUAUCAGUCUAUUCCAGCUCUUCAUAGUGAUCUUGCCCCAGGUACAAAAAUUUUGAUUUAUGGAAACAUUGCUUUCCGUCUUGGUGUUCUUUUAUUGAAACCAGAAAAUGUGAAGAUUUUGGGAGGAGAAGUAGAUGCCCUUUCAGAGGAAUAUGCCCAAGAAAAAGUACUUGCAAGAUUAAUUGGGGAACCUGAUCCUGUAGUUUCAGUCAUACCAAAUAAUUGUAACCAGACCAUCCCUGGAAUUACAGAUGUUCUGGAUCCUGCAUUAGGACCUUCUGAUGAAGAACUCUUGGCAAGUCUUGAUGAAAAUGAGCUUGCAGCAAAUAAUGACACCUCCUUAGAAAGAAGAUGCUUCAGCACAGGUAGUUCCUCAAAUACUGUUCCCACAAGACAGUCAAGUUUUGAAUCACGACAUAUUAUUUCUCCAAAACCAAAGGAGAAACAACCAAAUCAACCUAUGCAUUUCACUGAUGGGGAAUUAGAUGACUUUUCAUUGGAGGAGGCCUUGCUUUUAGAAGAAACUGUCCAGAAAGAACAAAUGAAGACUAAAGAAUUACAGCCAUUGACUUUGAACAGAACCCCAGAUGAAAGCAUAGAGAGAUUUUUACAUAAACCUAAUACUCCAAAUAAUUUUUCUUUGAUUUACAAAAGUGGAAACCGUAAUUGGAAUGAAAAAAAUGUAUCCGAACAAGUGACUAAUGAAGACAAAUUAUUUAGUUGUCCAUCUGUUGAAGACAAAAACAGUAGCGUUUUUUCAGUUCAUAGUAAUGUACCCCUACCCUAUGAUUUUACAAAUAAAGAUAAGGACUCAGAGACAGGUAAUAAAGUAAAACAAACCUUCAGCAGUGCAGAUGGACAUUCCUUAAAUAAAAUAUCAAAGGGAGAGCUGGUAAAUUAUGUACCAAAAAGGAGUUCACACAUUUCUAAUGAAAAUGAUCAUCAUUUACAGUCUUGUUCUUUAAGACCAUCAGAGAACAACACUAAUCUUUCUAUUGCCAUGGAUUUGUAUUCUCCGCCCUUUAUCUAUUUGUCUGUCCUAAUGGCCAGCAAACCAAAGGAAGUUACAACAGUGAAGGUCAAAGCAUUUAUUGUAACCUUAACUGGAAAUCUUUCAAGUUCUGGUGGCAUUUGGAGUAUAACAGCAAAGAUUUCUGAUGGUACUGGAUAUCUAGAUGUAGACUUUGUGGAUGAGAUACUUACUAGUCUGAUAGGGUUUUCAGUACCAGAAAUGAAACAGUUAAAAAAGGAUCCUCUUCAAUACCAAAAGUUCCUGGAAGGUUUGCAGAAGUGUCAGAGAGAUUUAAUAGAUUUGUGUUGUCUAAUGACGAUUUCAUUUAAUCCCUCCUUGUCUAAAGCAAUAGUACUGGCAUUACAGGAUGUUGAAAUGGAACACCUUGAGAACCUAAAGAAGCGGCUGAAUAAAUAAUUUACUAAGAUAGUAUCAGAAAACAAUUCCAAAAAAAAAAAAAAAAAGAAAUAUUUAACAUUAAAUUUAACCUUUUAUGUUUGAGACUUUGUUUUGUAAAAGAGAAAAAGGAAAUUUUAUAACAUUUUAGUUUAAUUUUAAAAUGUUUAAUCAUGAAUGUGUAUUUAGGUUUCUUAAAUAAAUUUUUUUUAUAAUAACUGUUAGACGAAAGAAUUUGGUGACCCAUCGUUAUUGAGAGUUUUGUUUCUCACUUGUCAUUUCACAUAAUGAUUGCUAAAGUAUUGUGUUGGUGUUUACUGAUGUGUCAUAUUGUUGGAAGUUGGCAAUUAUAAAUAGAUAGUUGUACUUCUAAUGUGUUGAGUACCCAAAGAGAUUUUUUUAUAUUACUAUACUUAGGAAACAAUGUUAAUCCAGUGGAUUAGAAUGUCAGGCUCUCAGAUACAAAAAUACUUCUGCUGGUUUUUAUUUUGUAAAUAUUUGUCUGGUAUACUUAAGGCAAAUAUUAUAUUAACUAGGUACACUUGCAGAGAUUAUGUUGCAUGGUUUAAACAUCUUAUUUUCAAGGAUAAUUUAUUUCGAAUUGUAUAUGGAAAACUUGAAUAUAAGAUUCAGUAAAUACUUUUUUUGGGGGGGGUUAAAAUAAGGUGGUUGUCCAUGUCUUUAUGUACUAUCUGAAUUAGCUCAACAUGUAAGCUUACCUUUA